AACGAACCUUGCGAACGCACAAUACGGUUACUUAAUCCUUCCACAUUUAAUUUAAUUAAAUUUAAUUUGAAACAAUAGUCUCUUAUCGCGAAAUCAUACCUUCCGAUUAACCGUAAAGGUAACAAAAUCUCACCUAUGAACUUGCCAUUCGUUUCACGAUGCACUCCGGCAGAAGGAACAAAAAGCGACGCGAGAGGAGGACAACGAGGACAGCUAGCCGGUAGGCAAUCGACGAUACAGGGAAAGGAAAGAGACAGCUAGAACUAUGGAAAGAACAGAAGGAACGAACACGGAGGCUCGCGUCACGGUAUAUAUGGAUCGUUGUUUGUGUUGAUCGCCGUGCAACACGCCACGCAGAAACACAUCUAGUCGCGUGGGAAGAUCGCGCUCCCAUUACACGUCGACCACGGUAAAGUUACGGCGUGUUUUUCUAUUCAUUCGAAAUUCGCGCGUUUUCUAUGAUUAUCUGAAGUGCGAUGAGUUCGGUGAUUGGCCCGCUGGCGCGCAUGCGCUCAGAGAAAUUUACGACCUCGCAUGCGAACUCGUCGCGUUAGUCUUCUUCGAAAAGUGAUUCGUGAAUUGUACGAUAAAAUAAAAGAUUCAGUUUGUGAUUUCGCUUUGUUCUUUGUUCAUUGUUCAAUCUAUCGCCUAAGUGAUUUUCUUCCAAUCCAGUUUGACGAAAUAUACAAGUGGCAUCAAGUUGAUCGGUAAUCUAUCUAUUUUCGUGGCAUAACAACGACGUUAACAGCGAGUUACUCGAUUUGCGAAAUGCUUUCGCAACGGAUUCGAGUGUCACGAUUUACUCGCCGAAUCGAAUAAUUUUUAUUCCUUUUGAAAACCGAAUUACUCCGAGUCGAUCAUAAAAAUGAGUGUGUAUAAUGUCAAAAAAAAAAAAAAGAAAAAGACGAAAAAAAAUAAUAACGGUGAAAAAUAAGGAAAGGCCGAAAGAUGGAAGAUAAUUGAGUUGCAACAACAGGAAAACAUGGAAUCGUGUAUGAGCAGAACUUGUUCGUCAGCGUUGCAAUCGUCACCAGCCUCGACAUUUACUUUCUUGAUACAAACGUUAAUAGCGGCUCGUUGUAAACUGAACAACCCGGAUGAAUAUCCCAGAGAUCGCGUAAAUGAGGUUUUAAGAUCGAGCAUGGAAUUCGAUUUUGUGAUCAUCGGUGGUGGAACCGCGGGAUCUGUUUUGGCUCGCAGAUUAACGGAAGUGGAGGAUUGGAACGUUCUGUUAAUCGAAAGAGGAGAGUACCCUUUACCCGAAACUGCAUCCCCUGCUUUCUUCACCAUGAACUUGGGUUUGUCACAAGAUUAUGCUUACAAGAUCGAAUAUCAAGAAGAAGCCUGCUUGAGCCAAAUCGACAAACGAUGCAGAUGGUCGAAAGGUAAAGCCCUCGGUGGAAGUUCCGUUAUCAACGCCAUGUUGCACAUCUUUGGCAACAAAAGAGACUACGACACUUGGGAAAAUUUAGGAAACCCCGGAUGGAAUUACGAACAAGUACUCCCAUACUUUAGAAAGUCGUUGAGCUGUGCACCCGAAUUCAUAGCCAAAUAUGGUACCGAUUAUUGCGGAACAGACGGUCCUAUGAGAAUCAGAAGUUACAAUUACACUGCAACAAGUGAAGAGAACAUAAUCUUGAAAGCCGCGCACGAGGCGGGAUACGAUAUUCUCGAACCAUUGAACGGUGAUCGCUUUAUCGGAUUUGGAAAAGCGAUGGGUACCCUCGACAAUGGGCAACGGCUAAAUUGUGCGAAAGCUUUCCUCUCCCCGGUCAAAGACAGACAGAAUCUGUACGUAAUGACGUCGAGCAGAGCGGACAAGAUUCUGUUCGAGGGCGAACGUGCGGUCGGUGUACGAAUCACUUUGAGCAACAACGAAUCGGUGGAGGUGAGAGCGACGAAGGAAGUGAUUCUGUCUGCGGGAAGUAUAGCCAGUCCUCAGAUACUGAUGCUCUCGGGAAUCGGGCCGAAAAAGCAUUUGAAAGAAAUGGGAAUACCCACUCUCGUCGAUCUGCCUGUCGGGAUGAAUCUUCAAGAUCACGCGAUAUGGUUAGGAUUAUUCUUCUCCUAUAUGAAUGAAUCGGUGACACUUCCUGACGCGAAGAAUCAGUUAAACGAUGUUUAUGAAUAUUUGGAAUUCAAUUCUGGCCCAUUACGCGUCCUUCCACUCGAUCUCAACGGCUUCGUGAACGUGGACGAUCCUCAUUCGAAAUAUCCGAAUGUUCAAUUCAUGUUCGUACCGUAUCAACGUUACAGCAACGAUUUAUUAUAUUUAUUGCAAGGAUACAAUAUGAACGAUGAUUUUAUUCAAGAAAUACAAAAGGAUAUAAUGGAAACGAACUUGAUCUCUAUUUGUCCUAUAUUGAUAAGACCUUUGAGCCGAGGUUUCCUCGAGUUGCGUAACACUGAUCCGGCCGAUCCUAUUAAGAUCUAUGCGAAUUACUUCGUCGAGAAGGAAGAUUUCAAAACGUUGUUGAAAUCCGUGAAUAUCGCUAAGGAUUUCUUAAACACCGAGACUAUGAAGAAGUACAACAUGACAUUAUAUUAUCCUAACAUUCCCGGAUGUCGACACACGAAGCCAGACACCGAUGAAUAUUGGGAAUGUAGCCUCAAACACUUGUCUAGCACGUUGUUUCAUCCGUGUGGAACGGCCAGGAUGGGACCGGCUAACGAUUCCAGCACCGUUGUGGAUUCGAGAUUGAAAGUACACGGUGUCGAAAAUUUGCGAGUGAUCGAUGCGUCGAUCAUGCCGGAAGUGACGAGCGGGAAUACUAAUGCGCCGACUAUGAUGAUCGCAGAGAAGGGAGCGGAUAUAGUUAAACAAGAUUGGGGCGUAAAGAUACAGAUAUGAGAAACUGACAUGGUUUCGAAAUAUUAUAUGUAAUCAGUAUAUAAUAAUCAGUAUAUAUACAUGUUGUUUUUAUAUAAUCACUUUCGUAUAAUUAUCACGAGAAUAUUCUAUAAUAUUGUUCAUACUAGUGUUUUAGCAACUUUUAAUUUUAAUCGAAAAAUUCAAAUCAUAUUUUAGGAGCAUUUUAUCAUCAUUUCGAUCAAUUUUUCAGUCAAUUUCUUCUAAUUUCUAUGAUUAAAAUAAUCGCUUCGAGAUUCGACUCGAAUCUAUCUGGAUGAUAGAUUAUGGAAGUUUUUUCAAAAUGAAUUCAAACCUGGAAAAAAUAUUGACGACGAUAUAUGAGCAAUAAGAAUUAAUAUUUUAAAUGAAUAAAUAUUAAUAUUAUAAAUUAAUAAAUAAAUAAACAAAUAUAAA